CCGUGUGACUCUCCCUUUAUCUCCACUUCGCCAGAGUCGCAGGAAUGCGAUUCAUUCUAGCGAAACGCCUCCCCACCCCCCGAUCUCUGAGGUGUUUCUCUCAACAGAACAACCAGCCUGACAGUUGUCAGCUGGGGGAAGGGGGGGAGACUGGUGGGGAGAAUAUCCAUCACAUAGCAGGAGACUGUUGUAAUGUGCGUUCGGGUUGCCUCACUCUUGGCCCCAGCCUGCGAGUAGCGAGGGAGCACAUGCGGACUGCUUUUUAAUGAACUGUACCCAGACCGCGUUUAACCCAAGUGCUCUCUGCAGUCAGCUGUUCUCGCUCAAGCCUCCCUGUGUGAUAUAAAGCGUCAUUUCUUCGCCAGCUGGAGCAGUGCUUUGCAGAAUGCCGGGUGCUUUAGCAGCCACAGUUGGACAAGGAGACCCUGCAGUUGUAUCCGAAGGGGAAGAGAUGGAGGAAAUGGAGCUAAACCAGGAGGAGGUCCCAAUCAAGAGUGAAAGUGGAGAGCCGAUAAACGCCCAGGAGGGAGGGGACCUGCAGGAGGACACGGGAGAGCAGGCCGAGGAUGUGCAGGCAGCUGAGAUUGGCUUCAAGAAGGUCUUCAAGUUUGUCGGCUUGAAGUUCACCAUGAAGAAGGAGAAGCCGGUGAAGCCUGAGCCGGUCCAGCUGCUAACCGUGACCAGGGAAGAAAACAGCGGGGCAGGGGAAACGGGCGGUGAAUCCCAGCAAGCAGUGGAUGGAGGCACAGAAGCCAAUGGAAGUCCCAUCGAUGAGGCCGAGGGAAGUCCACCUGAGAUCCUCUCACCGGAAAUAGUGGAAGAGAAGGUUGUGCAAGAAGAAACCAAAGCACCAGAUGCCGAGGAACCGCCGGCAGCCGUGGAGACAAGUGGCAACGCAGCAGAGACCCCUGCCGUCGACUCGCCGCUGAAGAGGUUUUUCAAGCAAGGCUUUUUCUCGGGGUUGCGAAGGAAGCAGAGUUUCAAGAAGGCCAAGGACGAGCCGCUCAUCAUCGGGGAGAAGACGGAAGCAAACGGGGAGCAAGCCGUUGCCGCUGAAGCUGGGGGGAGCGGGGAGACGGAGCGCGCACCUGAGGCGCAGCCUUCCACUUCCCAGGAAGCGGCUGAAGUCCUGGCUGUUCCAGCACCGGAAGAAAAUCGAGGGGGAGAGGAGGAGUUUGAAGACCUCACCUCGGAGUUAGCAUGCGUUGGGGUGGCAAGCGAGCCACCGACCAUGGCAGAAAGCAAGACCUCGGAAACAAAAGAGGUUGGUGUCCCCACAGAGAACUUGGUUGCCAUGGAUACAGGGACAGGCCAGGUCAUCUCCAGCAUUGGAAAAUCAACAGAGGAAGCAGUGAUUGCAGAGUCUGCUGCCUCCAAAGCUGCAACGGAGCUUCAAGCCCAACAUGAGGAGAUGGCCCAAGAGAAACCUUCAGAACCCAUUGCCGCUGAGAGUGAGCUCCUGUCUUCACAAAGCUCCAAGCAGCAAGACAGCCCACUAAAGAAGCUUUUCACGAGCAGCAGCAUCAAGAAACUGUCCGGUAAGAAGGCAAAAGGCAAGAAAGGGGAGGCCAGAGCAAGGGACACGGAUGACGAGACAAAAUUGCAGUCUUCCACCGAAUCCGAAGGCAGCCCCGAUGGCCAAAAGCCGGACAGCCCUCCGACAUUCCUGGAGGAAACGGGCAAGGGAAUUGCGGCAGAAACGAUGGAAUCGGAUUUGUUGCACGCAGAGCAGGAGGACGCAAACGGCGGUGCUGAUGGGGAGAGGAGGAAGGAACCCAUCACUGCCUGGGCCUCCUUCAAGAAGCUGGUGACCCCCAGGAAACGACCCAAAGGGCCGUCAGAGAGUGACCGAGAAGACGAGCAGAACGACAAGGUGAAGAGCGCCACCAUGUCCUCUGCGGAGAGCACUGGCUCGGAGAAGCAAGAAGAACCCAAGUCCAAUGGCGAGGAGCAGAAGUUGGAACGGAGCGUCGAGGACCCAAAAAAGAAAGCGGAUGCCCCCGUGACUUGGGAAGCGCUGAUCUGUGUCGGGUCUUCAAAGAAGAGGACAAGGAAACUGUCCGAGUCGGAGCUUCAGAAGUCAAACGAGGAGGCCCAAAGUCCAGAGGGAAAUGGCCAAGCACAAGACAGUGCCGAGGAGGCGAAAGUCGGCAGCCCACAAGCAACUGAUCAGGAGCAAGGAACAGCAUCUCCGGAAUGUGUUGAGAGUCCUGUGGAAGGUGAGGCUCCGGAAGGGGCCAUCUCCACUUGGGAAUCCUUCAAGAGACUGGUCACCUCCAGACGCAAGUCAAGGUCCAAGCUGGAAGAGCGAGUGGAGGAAUCCGUACCUUGCCCGGAAGCCGCUCUUCCGGAAGCCGAGGCUGCAAAGGACGAAUCCUGGGUGUCUCUGAAGAAAUUGAUCCCGGGCAGAAAAAAGAAGAGGUCGGAUGCUAAGCCCGAGCAACUUCAGGGCGAGUCCGUGGGUAAAGAGGCGGCAUGGGCAGAGUUUGGAGGAAGCAAGAGCGAAGAUGAAUCGGAGACACCGGCAGUGGUGCCGCUCACCGAGUACGAUGCGGUGGACGAUGAGAAGGAGCACGAGGAGAGGCUGAGAGCAGGGCUCGAGGCGGUUCAGAAGGUGGAUGGAGUUAUCACUUCUGAUGCCGCUCAAACAGGGGAACUGGGCGGUGAGCCGACUGUCACAGGGGAACAUGGAUCCCUGGAAGGCAUCAAGAGCAGCGUGGACGAGAGGUCUCCAUCGUGGAUAUCGGCGGUGGUUUCAGAUGUAAUCGAGGUGGUUGAAGAUCAGGUAGCUGAGGAGGCCCCGGAGGCAAAGAAACAAACAGAAGAUGGUCACAAGCCCAUGUUGGUGGAAGAGGCCGGCAACGUCGAACCAGAUGAGGUGGCUGAGGAAGCCCAGGCGGUUCUCGCCAAGGGAGCAGCAGCAGUGGACCACCCGGCAGACGAGUCGUUCACCGAGGAGAUGGUCUCGGCGGUCUCGCAGCUGACCGAGACGCCGGUGACGACGGCAGAGGGCACGCCCGUCCAAGAGGACGAGGCUGUGGUGAGCAGGCAAACCCAGGAGGUGCUGGAAGAGGCUGCGGAGAAGGUGAAGCUGGUCGGGUCCUGCUACCAGACGGCAUGCAAGGCCGGCACGCAAGGUGCCGAAUCGGAGACGGAGAUUCCCACUGGGAAAAUCCCGUGCGAACAGGAGCCACUCGCUGCUCAGACACUGGCGGCAGAAUGUGCACAGAAAGCAGCCGAACAGAUCUCCGGAACAGCGGUGACUGGGGCUCCCGCACCCGGCGAUGUCCGGGAUGGACCUGGUGAAGUGAUCGUGCCAGUGGUGCAGCAGGGGACCGAGGCGGAGAGCAGUGUCCCAGCUGCAGUUGUGCAGGAGGUGGAAACACUUGCAGCACAGGCCGCCGCUCGGCCAGUGGCUGAGGUCCAGGAGAUGUUGUCCGUGACCCACACGAGCGCCGUGACCCACGAGAGCACGACAACCACAACUAUGAGCAAGGGCGUGGCCGUGAGAACCGAAAUAGUGGAAAUUGUACAAGUGCAGACCUCAGGGACUGGUCACGGAGUGGACAUUGAGGAACCAGAGGUUGCUGGGGUGCAGUCUGUCAAAGCCACUGAAGAGGGAGAUCAGACAGAACACCAGACAACUGAUGUUUCACCUCCACAGGUGGAGAAGACCGGAGCAGAGCAAGUCGUGGAAAGCGGAGAGACUGAGGUAAUCCCAGACCCAGUCACCAGGGAUGAAGAGGCAGCAACGGAGCAAGUGGGUGACGUGACUCCAGGUGAUGCUGAACAGGAAGGAAUAGGAAAGGUUGAAGUCGUUGAAAAUGCUCCAGAGAUGGGAGCGGAGAAGAUCUUGGGCGAAGGCUCGGAGGAUGCAGGUGUCCAGGAGGUUCAGCAGGUACAGGAACAGAGUGCAGAAGCCCCAGCAAAGGUUGAAGAGGGUGUGAUUGAGACGGUAUUUGUUGAAGAGACUAGGCAAAUCGUGGAGCCAGUGGACAUGAGCGCAGUCGAGAUCAGUGAAGAACACAUUGAGGUUACUCCAGCAAGUGUGACUGAGGUUCUACAUGGUGAAGAAACCAACCAAAUCACUGCAGUGGAAGGGAGCGAGACCAAGAGUUGUGCAGAGCCUCUUGAAACCAUUUCAGCAGUGGGAGUGACCGAGAGGGUGUGUGGUGAAGAGACCACUGAACUCGCUCCAGUGGGAGUAACAGAAGCUCUAUUGGGUGAAGAACCCAUUGUAAACGCUCCGGCUGUGGGAGUAACUGAAGUGCGGAGUAAUGAAGAAACAACUGAACUCGCUCCGGUGGGAGUAGCUGAGGCUCAAUUAGGUGAAGAACCAAUUGAAAUCGCUCCAGCAGUUGGAGUAACUGAGGCGCGGAGUAAUGAAGAAACAACUGAACUCACUCCGGUGGGAGUAGCUGAGGCUCAAUUAGGUGAAGAACCCAUUGAGAUCACUCCAGCAAUCGGAGUGACAGAUGUGAUGUUCACAGAAGUCAAUAAAACCAGUCCGGAUGAAGCAGCAGAGGGGGUGUGCAGUGAAGAGACGACUGAGAUCACUCUGGUGGGAGUAACUGAGAUGAUAGUUGGUGACGAACUUGCUGAUAUCAGCCAGAGAGUGACGCAGGUGGGAUACAGCGAGGAGACCUCUGAAAUCACCACAGCCGUCGUCUCGGAGGCACUACCUUGUGAAGAGCCCGUCAAAAUCUUUCCAGCAGUCAGAAUGACGGAGGCAGUGUGCAGUGAAAAGCCAAUAGAACUCCCUCCAGUUGGAGCUACUAAGAUUGUAUCCGGUGAGGAGCCUGCUGAAAUCACUCAAGUGAGCGCGGCUGAGGUUCUAUCUGAAAAGACGAUCAAAGUCACUUCUGCCGAUCCAUCUGAAGUUUUAGAUGGUGAGGAGAAGAUGGACAUUGCCCCAGUGGGAGUAACCAAGGUGUGUGCUGAAGAGACCAUUGAAGUUACACCAGUGGUGGGAGUGGAUGUGGCGCGUAGUGAAAUGGCCCAACCUGCUCCAGUGGAGGUGAGAGUAGAACAGAGGAAGAGUGACCAUGAGAAAGGAGGAGAAGAUAAAGCUUCGCAGGAGGGGGCUAGUGAGAGAAUUGAAGAGGAAGUACAGCAGGUAAUCAUCUCUGAAGUAGUUCAGGAGCAGUUUGUGGCCGUUGAGAUCCUACAACAGACUGUGGAAGUCCAGCAGCAUCAGCGAGUUGCCGCAGAGAAGCUGGAAACUAGAAUGGAAGAGGCCAUCUGUGAAGAGCUUGCUGAGGAGCAGAGAGCUCAGGAACCUCCUGCUGAUGUAAUGGGUUCAGCCCCACAAAUCCUAUUGCCCACUAGCAUUGAAGGACCAUGCAAAGAAACAAACAAAAGCGCCAUAAUUAAAGUUGCAAGCGUUGAUGUGACCAGUGAAACUGUCUGUGAUGUGCUGGAAGGUGUGAAGUCCGUGCAGCCCAAAGUUGAAGAGACUCUCCUUCCCUCUGAAGAAAUGGACACUGGGUUGGUUGAGGUGUCCCGAGUUUGCUGUGAAACCCCUCCAAGGGAGAAGCCUGAAGAACUACUCGUGGAAAUGGCCACAACAGAGACGGCAACCAAACAAGUUGAAACGGAAGUAACUAGCGAGCCACUGAACACGAUCAACAGAGGUGAAAGUAGGAGCCCGGGGCAGGCUACAGGUGGAGUGGAGAGUAAGCUGCCCUCCCAGGGCAAGUACAAACCACCACAGGGUGAACUCCAGUCCCCUGAAAAGAUGCAAUUUACAGCUGAUGACCUUGUCCAAAGUGACAUGGUAUCCGUGACAGUCCCCAAUGUUCAAAAUAUGGCUGCUUCGGUCAAACCACAGACUAAGGUGGAGUACAGUCACGCAACUGUCAAAUUAGUUACUGAAACAAUCUGUCCAACUGUUGAGAGUGCCCCCAAAGUCACAUUACACGCUGCUAUUACUGAUGAAUGCCGACUUAUACAGAACGAGACGGUGACUGCAAUGGAGGACCUACCUAUAGAUAAUAGUUCGGAGUCUUGCGAGGAGACUUUCUUGGUGACUGCACUUUCUGUGAAGGAGGGGGUCAUCACGGAGACACUAACAACUACAGCAGCAGAGAUUCCCGAGCAGUGUGUUGUGGAUGGGGGCGUGCUUCCAUCUGAGGACAUUAAUCAGACUUCAAUAGCAGUGACUGCGGCUGUCUUAGUGGAGUCUGCAAUAGAAAUGGCCUCGGGCUACAUGUCGGGCAGUGCCGAUGGCUCUGAGAUGGGCUCAACACUCGACGGGCAAAUGGUCAAGAGCUUUGUGAAAGAACAACUUGAACAUCAGCCGGCUGACUGCAAAAUCAAAGAAAAUGUUGCACAGAUAUCGGAGUGUUUGGAAGCGCAGAACGAGGGAGAUGCAAGUCAGGCUCUGGCAACUGAGCAGCUGAACAUGCAAACUGCUCAGGCUUUCAGUCAAGAUGCUCUGGUAGUUCAGAUGCAAGGACAAGAGAGUACAAAGAAGGAGGAAGAUUUACCAGGGCCACAAAAGGAUCUGGCGAUUGAAGGAACAUGUGAAGUGGUUGAUCACGUAUUGCAAACUUCAGGAAGUAAGGGCAUUGAAGGAGAAAGAAAAGUUGUAAUGCAGUCAGUGGAGGUGGUGUCCGAGACGACUGUAAGAGGUGAUCAGGUGCCAAUUGAGACUGAAACUCUUACAUCAGUGCAGACUAAGCAAGCAAAGGAAUUGUCUGAUGGUACUUCAGACAAUAUUUCAGUCUCUACAGAUGUGAUCAAAGCUGAAAGUUGCUCUUCCUUGGAGGAACAUGAAAGAAUAUUUCAUGCUACGGAAGUGGUAGAGAGAAUCAAACUCGAAACAACCCAACAAAUAGCUGAAGAGCAGACACUGCUAAAUGAAAACCUGGCUGCGAUUGAGGUGGAAACAAUGGUUCUAAUAGAGGGCAAAGAGACGGGCCAAAAUCAGAUGCCGGGGACAAAUGAAAAGAAAACCCAGGAAGUGGAGGCGAAGCCAGCUGCUUCAGAAUUUGUAAAAGAUGCAGCGGAGAAAACACCUUCUUGAGAUUUCCAGACAAUGGGAGAACUGAAUGAGAAGCCAGGGAGACUGGGAGAAUCUUGCUCUACUGUGACAAGACCAAGUACCACUGUCAUGAUGGUCCUGUUAAUUGACAAUCCUGAAUCAAUCCAAGAGCUUUACAUACACUAAUAAUUAUGUAAUCUAAUGUUUUUUGCUUUUAACCUGAUCUGAUGAUAAAUGCGACAUGUGAUGCUGAAGCAAUGCUGCUUCUCCACGGCCUGCAGGUUCCAUGUGGGGAAGGGAGUUGUAAUCUGAGCAUUCUGGGAAUGGUUGCAGUAUUUGUUCACUAGAUAAAAGACUCCUUUAUAAAUAUUGCUUAAUGUGAAACUUAAUUCUGAAAAUACUGGUAUUCUCAUUGGUUUGAUUAGAACACUGUGGAAUGGUUUUUAAGUCCCCUUUAAAUUGUUUAGGGCUUGGUUCUUGAUGCUUGCCCAAAUAUUCAAGUAGAACAAACCUCUUGACCUUGGAUAAGAGUGAAAUAGUCCUAAAGUGACACACAUUGGCCAGAACUCAAAAGAGCCUGACCUGCAUUGUGAGGGAGGGGCAACAAGAUUUUUAAAUCCCAUGGAGAGGUGGUGUAUUGUUCGGGUUUGACGAGCCAUGCAAUGUUUCUAAACCAAGGUUAUAGUUUUACCAAAUCUGUCACCAAUACUCACAAAGAUGACAUACAGUUGUCUCUGGCUAGUUAUUUGCAACUGUUGGAUUGGAAGAAUUGAAGUGGCGUUGUCUAAGGGAGUUGUAUGUUGGCAAAGGCCAGGUGAAGAUCCAUUACACUGGGUUACUGGUUGAGGUUUGUUUGGUUUCCUAUAACAACUUCCUAUGAUGUGCCUUGGUAUUGCAUACUAUUAAUGCUCAACACUUCAUUGUAUCAUUAUGGUUUUGAUGUUUCCUGUAUUUGUGAAGACCCCCCCCCCCAAUAAAUAUGCUUCCUAUUAUUAAAGCAACUGGGAGCCGAUUGUCCAGGUUGGAUAGUCCUUCCAGCUCUUUCCUCUCCCAUGAUAAACCCACUGCCCGAGUGUUAACACAUCACUGUCCAGUUCCUGUCUCGUGUUAGUGACAUUUUUCAGUAUGCCAUUAGAUUAACAUGGCAAUGACUGUACACAGAUUCACCACAUUUUAUUAACCAGGGCAGGAGCCACAAAGAGCUGUUCUCAUUAAUACUGCUGUGCUUUUAUAACUGAAUGUGAAAUUGAUAUUUGUACAAAUUGUAUUACCCAUGUAUCUAAGCCAUAUUGGAAUACUUCUACAAAUAAAGUAAUAUUAGCAUUAA